GCGCGCGGGACGUGCUGCCGCGUAGUCGCCGGCUGAAUGGGCGGCGGCUGAGCAUGUGUGUACCGCUGAGGCUGCUGCGCGCCUAAGACCCGAAGGUUGCAUGCCUGUCCCUGGCCCGACGGUGAAGCCGGCGGCUGCAGGGACGUAGAGGAGGAGGAGAGAAACGGCAGCCAGACACAGGUCGGGUGCCCCUUCCGGAGGCUGCUAGGCCCUGGCUUCGUGGGGGUCAUGGCAAGCCUGACGGACCGAGUGCGGGGCAACGGGCGCAUCGCCGCCGGACUCCUGCUCAACCUGCUGGCGUCCAUCUGCAUCGUGUUCCUCAACAAAUGGAUCUAUGUGCACUAUGGCUUCCCUAACAUGAGCCUGACCCUGGUGCACUUCGUGGUCACUUGGCUGGGUUUGUAUGUCUGCCAGAAGCUGGACAUCUUUGCCCCCAAAAGUCUGCCGCCUUCCAAGCUCCUCCUCCUAGCCCUCAGCUUCUGUGGCUUCGUGGUCUUCACCAAUUUAUCUCUGCAGAACAACACCAUAGGCACCUAUCAGCUGGCCAAGGCCAUGACCACGCCGGUGAUCAUAGUCAUCCAGACCCUCUGCUACAAGAAAACCUUCUCUAUCAAAAUACAGCUCACACUGAUUCCUAUAACUUUAGGUGUAAUCCUAAAUUCUUAUUACGAUGUGAAGUUUAAUUUCCUUGGAAUGGUGUUUGCUGCUCUUGGUGUUUUAGUUACAUCCCUUUAUCAAGUGUGGGUGGGAGCCAAGCAGCAUGAAUUACAAGUGAACUCGAUGCAGCUGCUCUACUACCAGGCGCCGAUGUCGUCUGCCAUGUUGCUGGUCGCCGUGCCCUUCUUUGAGCCAGUGUUUGGAGAAGGAGGAAUAUUUGGUCCCUGGUCAGUUUCUGCUUUGCUUAUGGUCCUGCUAUCUGGAGUAAUAGCUUUCAUGGUGAACUUAUCGAUUUAUUGGAUCAUUGGGAACACUUCACCAGUCACCUAUAACAUGUUUGGACACUUCAAGUUCUGCAUUACUUUAUUUGGAGGAUAUGUUUUAUUUAAGGACCCGCUGUCCGUUAAUCAGGGUCUUGGCAUGUUAUGUACAUUAUUUGGCAUUCUCGCUUACACCCAUUUUAAACUCAGUGAACAGGAAGGAAGUAAGAGUAAAUUGGUACAACGUCCUUAAUUGGGUUUUUGUGGAGAAAAGAAAGUCACCCCAAGAAGAUUUUUUCUUAAGUAUUAAGUGUGCAAGUUAGUUUCAAAGAAGAAAAAAAAUAAUAUUGCAAAAUUCAUCAAAUGAUGUUUGUAAGAAGUAACUCAAAUGAAAUUUUAUUCAUAGAUACUUAUUUCUCUUUUAGAGUACCUUUAAAAAAAAAACCUCGUUCUCUAAAACAUAGCUCAUGCUUCUUUCCAAAGAUGAUUAUGUGAGGUGUAUAGGAUGGUUUGAUUAUAACAAAUGAAGUACAUGAGAUUAAAGUUUUAUAAUAGGGGCAAAGGAAUUUAAACCACUGUGCUACAAAUGUACAGUGGUUUUUAAGGAAGGACACAUAGGACUCUUCUGCUUGCUUAUAGGUGGUCCCCCGAUGCUCUUUUAUAAUUUAGGCCAAAGUCAGAAUUUAAAGCUAGCAUUUCUGUUUUAGUAUAACUUCCUGCUUUUUUAAUUUAUAGAAAUGAACUCUCAUUUAUCAAAAGCAAAGUGUUGGAAAGAUGUUAAGACAGAACCCAAUUCUAACAGUACCAUUUCUCUAGUAGAAAAUUGAUACAGGAAAUUAGGUGUUUUCGAAAAACUGCAGUGCCUAUAGGUAUUAUCUUAUUUUUGAGCUCUUAGUGAACUCUAGAAACUAUAUGUGAAGUUAACAAACAAAAUAGCUCCAUGUUUAAAUGGCCCAAAGAAAAGGCUGUAGGAGGAAUUGAGCCGAUUUCUUCUUUUCUGGUGGUGGUUCUCCUGGCCUCUGUGAGCAUUUCAGGUUGGUGAUUUCUUAAUACUACCUCCCUGCUAUCACUCCCUACCCCUCACUUUGAGGCGCCCUCGGAGCUUUCUUUGGCAUUGAAAGAUUUGGAGUGAACUAGGUCAGCUUUUCUAAGGUGGCUGGGGAAAAUUCUUGAGCAGCAAGUCAAAGCAAAUGUUAUCAAAGACUAAGCAGAAACUUGAUGAAAAUAUGAGGAAAGAUUUGAAAGAGAAGCAGAGAAAUAAUCAGUAUUUAACAAGUUCCCUGAAUUUUUUUAAAGGAUACUUAAAAAUAAGUUAUAGGGGAGAUACAUGAUUUCUACUUAAAGAAAUGAUAGUCCCACAUACUGAAUUACAAAAUGUAUUUCUGCCGACUUCUGACAGUUGAGUUUUCAAAGCAGUUUUUCAUAACCUCUCACCAUAAAUUGACUGAGGAAGAUAAUGCCUCUUGUAAUAAAUAAUUCUUUUUUUCUAAAUAUUAUUUAGAAACCUUAAAUGAGAAAACAACUCUUAAGUGGAUAGAGAGCCACGUGUAUAAAAUACACCUUUUAGGAUGUUUUUUUUCCCUGGCCUGUUUGAAAUGAAAAGCCUCACUGAAAAUCUGUUUUGAUAGAAUUUCAAUGUAUCCGUCAAUCUGUUGUGUGAUCCGUGUGUGUUAUUUUCUUUGUUUUAAAUGCUCUUUGGUUCUUCUCAGUUUCCAAAGAUACAUUUUAUUGUGCUAAGAGGUACAAAGCAAUUUGUCUCACCAGAUGAGCCUCAGGCAUUAUGUUUGCCCAAGAAAUAUUCCCUGUGUAUGUUUAAAUUAACAUGUAAUUAUUCCCCAAAAGCUGGAGAAAAGUAUUUCAGCACAGUGAGUAUUAUGUGACCUCUGUGCACUAACAGCUGAGUUAAUUUGUGCCAUGUACAAAUACGUCUUAACUGUAAAUAGAACUUGGGAGGGGUGAUUUUUAAUCAAUGUUGGGGGAACGUUAUAAUAAAUGACCAACGUCAAUAGGAAUGCAAGGAAGAUUGGAGCGAGCUAGGGUCAGGGUACAUAUUGAUAAGUAAAUAAAACAUGUACUGCUGGAACUGAAGUCUGAUAAACAUUUUUUGCCCUGAGGACCAUCUUCCCAUUGAAAAGAAAGUUCCUGGGGAAAAAAUGCAUCAGCUGACACGGACCAACCCCAGAGACAAACCCGAAACGCAGUGUAUGGGAGAAUGCACGUGAACUCUCCCUUUGUUACAGUUGUAACUGCACCUGUUUUUUAUCCUAUGUUCGAUGGCUCAACUUCAGUUUUUCCUGUUACAAAUAAAGAGAACCUGAUGUUUUUACUUUAGAAUUGCAUGUUGGAACUGGCGGAAGAAGGAUGGCAUGUGUGUGUGCAAGUUGUCUUAUCAGACGAGCCUCAGGCAUUAUGUUUGCCUAAGAAAUGUUCUCUGUGUGUGUUUAAAUUAACAUGUAAUUUCUACAUGCGUGUGCAGGGGUGACGCUCCCACGUGUGUAGCAUCUAAUGAAGCAAAAUCCUCAUCUCCCUUUCAAAAGAGUGUAAGAGAAAUCUUUCCCUGUGAAAUGAAGUAAGCUUUCUCCUGUUUCAUUUUUUGAAAUACUUUUUAAACCUUGUUUAAACCUUGCUAGUUUCAAAUCAUUAGUUGUCAAUUUCACUUAAAAGCGACAGCGUUCACCAAGCAGUUCACAUUGACUCCAACCAUGAACAUUUGUUGGGUGAAUGAAUACACAGAAUGGCCAAAGGAGAAAGUUUGGUUAAAAGAAUGGAGACCAGAUUUAUUAGAUAAAUUGUUUUGCAUUUGUUUUCACACUUGAACUGGUUUAUACUUGCUAACAUCAGGAAUACAAUGCUCAUUUCAUUCACUCAGCAAGGAUUUAUUGAACAUGGCUGUGCAAAGACAAUCCUAUGUUCCCUGUGAUCUUAAGAAACAUUGUUCUAGCAGAAAAGAUAGACACUAAUUCAGUAAAAACAUCAGUUUAUUAUAAUAAACUUACAUCCUAAAAGGAGCAUGGUUCUCUGGAGGCUAUAACAAAAGAAUCUGGCUCAGAAUGGACUGUCAGUGAGAGUGUCCGUGAGGAAAGGACAAUUGAGCUGAAAUCUGAUGGGCAUAUAGAAGUUAGCUGAGUAGAGAGGAAGGGGAAUAGCACAUAGGCCUAUUGGAGGAAUUUAGGAUGAGUUUAAAGAACUGCAAAAAGGAUGGAGGGGAGAGAGUACCUUUAGGGAAGGGGAGAUGUGAGACUGGAAAAGAAGGCCAGCCUCAGACCAUAGAAUACCUUGUAGGCUAUGUUAGGACGAGCAAGAGGGCGUAUUCCAAGCGUUGUCACAGUCAACUCCUUUGUUUUGAAACACAAGGAUGAGAACCAGAGAUGCUAGGAGAGCAGUUCGGAGAUGACUGCAGGGAGAUGAGAUAGCUUAGAGGAGUGGUGGUGAGAUGACAGAAGUGGGUAGAUCAAGAGGAUUUAGUCGAUGAAAUCAAGUGGACUUCGAUUGGGCACUGGAGAAGGUGCAGUUGAGAAUCACACGUGUUUGGAGGGGGCGGGUAAUGACUCAGUGGUAGAGAGUGUGCUUGGCAUGCGCUGAUUCCUGGGUUCUGUCCUCGGUACCUCUGUUUUAAAAAAUUAAUAAUCACACAUGUUUGAUAUGCGCAGCUUGGUAGAGUCUGUUACUACUCUUUGAGAUAGGAAACAAAAGAAGAGGGCUGGGUUGGGAAGGACAGAGACUGAGUUCAUACAGGGCCAUCUGGAUUUUGAGGCAUCUUUGAGAAAUCCAGUUGAAGUUAUUAAUUAAACAACCAUAUAGGUUUAGAACUCAAGUGUUUUCUUUUUAAUUAAGGUACAGUUAAUUUACAAUAUUAGUUUCAGGUGUACAGCAUACUGAGUCAGUAUUUUUACAACUGAGCCUUGAAGAACUCCAGCCUGUGCUGGUAGAGGAAGGUAAUUCUGAAAAGGAAGAGUCAGAGAGAUAGGAGAAAAACAAGGAUGAUGCUGUGAUGGUAGAGAGGGUGGCCAAAGGUGACAGUAUUGCUCAGAGGUCGAGGUAGACUUGCACAGAAAAAUAACCAUUGCAUUUAUUGGCAGUUUAUUGUGGAUCUUAGUAAGGCUGUUUCAGUGGAGUGCUGGUGGCAAAAAGCAGUUUGGAGGAGAGUGAAUGGUCAGUGU